CGGCAACCGGCGAGCGCUUCCGUCAGACUCUAAGUUGGCGCCUCGGGUCGCCUACCGGUGACGUCACGAAGCGUGUCAGCAUGGAGGUGAGCGCGGAGCUGACGGGCAGGGACGGCGGGCGGCGCCCGUUCCGGGUGAACUGUGAGCGGACUCUGCGGGGGCUGCUGGGCGGACUGGAGCGGCUACAGGGGGAGGUGUCCAAGGAGCUGAGCCGACUCGUGGAGCAGGAGAAGGGCGGAGCUUCCGACACAGGUGUAGAAGAGGAGGAGGAGGAUGAUGAUGAAGAGGAGGAGGAUGAUGAUGAUGAAAGUGAUGAAGAGGAUGAUGACAGUGAUGAAGAGGAUGGCAAAAACAACGGGAUUCUCCCCAGUGCUCCUCCGACAAAACGGAAAAAGACUUAG